AUGCUGGCGAGGACCUUCCUCCUGUUGGCGCUCUUUGCAGAAGCCUCGGCAAAAUCAUGCAUUCCAAAUAAAGCAGAUGUCAUCCUUGUGUUUUGCUACCCCAAAACCAUCAUCACUAAAAUCCCUGAGUGUCCCUAUGGCUGGGAAGUCCAUCAGCUGGCACUCGGGGGGAUGUGUUACAAUGGGGUCCAUGAAGGUGGCUACUACCAGUUUGUCAUCCCAGACCUAUCACCUAAGAACAGGUCCUACUGCGGAACCCAGUCCGAGUACAAGCCCCCCAUCUACCACUUCUACAGCCACAUCGUGUCCAACGACAGCACGGUGAUUGUGAAGAACCAGCCUGUCAACUACUCCUUCUCCUGCACCUACCACUCUACCUACCUGGUGAACCAGGCUGCUUUUGACCAGAGAGUGGCCACUGUUCAUGUCAAGAAUGGGAGCAUGGGCACAUUUGAAAGCCAGUUGUCCCUCAACUUCUACACUAAUGCCAAGUUUUCCACCAAGAAAGAAGCUCCUUUCAUUCUGGAAACAUCUGAAAUUGGUUCAGACCUGUUCGCAGGAGUAGAAGCCAAAGGGCUAAGCACUCGGUUUAAAGUAGUCCUGAAUAGCUGUUGGGCCACCCCCUCGGCGGACUUCAUGUACCCCUUGCAGUGGCAGCUGAUCAGUAAGGGCUGCCCCACCGAUGAAACAGUCCUCGUGCAUGAGAACGGCAAGGACCACAGGGCAACUUUUCAAUUCAAUGCCUUCCGGUUCCAGAACAUCCCCAAACUCUCCAAGGUUUGGUUACACUGUGAGACAUUCAUCUGUGACAGUGAGAAGCUUUCCUGCCCAGUGAACUGUGACAAACGGAAGCGUAUGCUACGUGACCAGACAGGGGGUGUCCUGGUUGUGGAGCUGUCCUUGCGGAGCAGGGGACUCUCCAGUCUCUGUGACUUCUCAGAUGUUCUUUAUCACCUCAUCCUGAUGUUGGGGAUCUGCGCUGUGUUAUAAGAGAGAGCUGGGCAGCUACAGCAACUCUCUUCAAGGCCACCCUGAACUAUGACACACUG